GCCCCGCCCCUCCUCCGGGCCGUACAUUUACGCGGUAGCAAAAGGGAAAGUAAGGAGGAUGGUGCGGGCGGCGCGGGGCGGCGGGCGGGACGUGCAGCACCGGCGGCAGCCACCGCAGCCACAGCCGCGACGGACCGGGCCCCAGCGCGCCCCGCCGGGUGAUCUUGAGUUCUUCUUAACUUGCUAGUGCUCAGCCUCCUCAUGCCUCCAUCUCCUUUAGACGAUAGGGUAGUAGUGGCACUUUCGAGGCCAGUGAGACCUCAGGAUCUCAACCUUUGUUUAGACUCUAGCUAUCUUGAAUCUGCCUCUUCUGCCAGUGAGAGCCACUCCAGUCUGCUCGGCACAGCUGUCGUGUCCCUAAAGACUGCUAAUCUCACGUAUAUGCCCUCAUCCAACGGCUCUGCACGCUCCCUGAGUUGUGGAUGCAGCAGUGCCAGCUGCUGCACUGUGGCAACGUACGACAAGGACGCUCAGGCCCAAACUCAAGCGAGCACCAGCAGCGCCGGAGCCUCCACUGCCUGCCCUGCCAACCAAAUGGUCAACAGCAAUGAGAACACCGGCAGCUUGAGCCCGCUGGGCAGCGUGGGGAGCCCGGUCUCGGGCUCCACCAAGCAACUCGCUAGCAUCAAAAUCAUUUACCCCAACGACCUGGCGAAGAAGAUGACCAAAUGCAGCAAGAGCCACCAGCAGAGCCAAGGGCCUGUCAUCAUUGACUGCAGGCCGUUCAUGGAGUAUAACAAGAGCCACAUUCAAGGGGCUGUCCAUAUUAACUGUUCUGACAAGAUCAGCCGGAGAAGGCUUCAGCAGGGCAAGAUCACCGUCUUAGACUUGAUCUCCUGCCGGGAAGGCAAGGACUCCUUCAAGAGGAUCUUUUCCAAAGAAAUCAUAGUCUAUGAUGAGAAUACCAAUGAGCCAAGCAGAGUUAUGCCUUCCCAGCCACUCCACAUAGUGCUGGAGUCACUCAAGCGAGAAGGCAAGGAACCCCUAGUCCUAAAAGGAGGACUCAGCGGUUUCAGGCAGAACCACGAAAACCUCUGCGACAACUCCCUCCAGCUCCAAGAGUGCCCAGAGGGGGGAGGCGGGGUCGGUGCGUCCGCCGUGCCCCCCACGCUACCUCAGUCCAUCCCCACCACGCCGGACAUCGAGAAUGCUGAGCUCACCCCCAUCCUGCCCUUCCUCUUCCUCGGAAACGAGCACGAUGCUCAGGACUUGGAGAAGAUGCAGAGGAUGAACAUCGGCUACGUAAUCAAUGUGACCACCCACCUGCCCCUGUACCACUACGAGAAAGGCAUGUUCAACUACAAGCGGCUCCCAGCCACUGACAGCAACAAGCAGAAUCUCAGGCAGUAUUUUGAAGAGGCUUUCGAGUUCAUUGAGGAAGCUCAUCAGUGUGGAAAAGGUCUCCUCAUCCACUGCCAGGCCGGUGUCUCCCGCUCUGCCACCAUUGUUAUCGCGUACUUAAUGAAGCACACACGCAUGACCAUGACGGAUGCCUAUAAAUUUGUGAAAGGCAAACGACCAAUCAUUUCCCCAAACCUUAACUUUAUGGGGCAGUUACUGGAGUUUGAAGAAGACCUAAACAACGGUGUCACACCACGCAUCCUCACACCAAAGCUGAUCGGUGUAGAGACCGUGGUGUGACAGCGAGGGUGCAGUCAAGGAAGGGGCUUAACCUAUUCUUCACCUGAUUCGGGGCAGUGAUGGGUGGGAAGUGGGUUUUUCUUUUUAGCUUUCAAAGGGGGGUUUUGUGGCAAACUUUUUGUGAAUAAAAACCUUUUUUUUUUUUUGUAAGGAAAGGUUUUUAAAGAUCCAAGAACUUUGCCAUGUUUGGGAUGCUGUUGUGAUUUCCUUCCCAGAUGCUGGCAGAGCAGGGAGGUUUUGGAGCAAAAAGUAGUACUUUUUAAAAUCAAAACAAGAUGAAGAAGAAAUACUGGGCUUCCCUCCCCCCCCCCCCCUUUUUAUUUUUCCCUCCUCUCCAGCUACUUGUAGAGUUUAUGGCUAAGUAGUCUGUGCAGGUUCAUAGACUGAAGAAACCUAAGUUGAAGACGAAACACAAACAGCCAAAACAAAGCAGAAAUAAAACCCCUCCCUGAAACAGAAGAGCCUUCAUUCUGCAAAGGCUUUACUAAAGAUAACCUAGCAAAAUGCUCACCGAUGCAAAGGAAAUUGGAGCAGCUUCAAAAGUCUGCAAGGCACUUUUCACACUCCUGACUCAACCUAAAGACAAAAUAAAGAGAAGUUUAUUUGGCGUGUUUCAUGUUCCAGUUCUAUUUUUCUAUUGUGGGGUGUAAGGUUUUAACAAUAAGGGGACUUUGAUCAUUCUAUGCCAUAUGCCUUCACUGGCUUCUUGUGCAAUAAUAAUUUGGGGUUUGUUUUGAGUGUUCAAACCACAUACUGUUGGCUGCCUACUAAUAAUUUUUGAAGUCUACUAGUGCAAUGGCAGCGGCUUGGUUCGGAAAGGAUAAAUGAGAGCAAUUAUUUCGUUCCUUUAUAUGAUUUUGAUCCUGGUUACAGUGCCAUAAACCUUGUUACAUAUGUAUAUCAGAAUGUACAAAGAAUGAGCAAAGUUUAUUUAAAACUAUUUUUCGCACAAAAUAUUGGUGUGUUUCAGUUGUCUAUGUAAAAAAAAAUCCAAAAUUUGAUUAUAAAACAAAAAAUCUUUUGGAAAAUGUGUGUCUUUUUAUUUCUUUAGCAGUUUUCCAUUUUCUUUCCAUGGGACGGACUUUUGUUCUGUUGUGUUUCUUGUUGCAGUGUACAUCUCCCUUUGACAGAACUGGCAUCUCUUGUUUGGCAUCUCCUCUUCCUAUUUUGUUCCUGUCCUCUGCUGGUGCUGGUGGAAUGUGUUCUCUUUAUUUCCUCCUGUACUCCUGCAUCCUUAAUUUUCUGUAACUGGAUUUUUCUCUCCUGAAGUGCAUCAGUUUUGGAGCUGUUCAGCCGAAUUGGCACUAUUGGUGAGGGACUUUGGGACAGAUGUGUUAUUUCUGCAGCUUAGUAGCCAUUUGGAAAAAUAAGAAAUAAACUUUCUCCACCGAUUCCUGUUCAUAUUCCUGCAAUUAGCUUAUCUUCUGUUACAACACUGUCUGGUUUCUAGAAGUCUGUUGGUCUCGUGUGUGCUUUUCCCUGGCCUCUCUAUAGCCCCCUCCUCUAGCAGUUCCGUGAUUCCUUCUCCUGGGAUUUUCCCCUUUCUCUUGCCCAUCUUUCCUUCAUCCCCCUCCUUUUCCAGCUGUGUCAGUGUCGUGUGGUGCAUAUUGUAGGGCUGGUGUUUCUGCCUGACGGUGUCCCUGAGGCACCUGACUUUUGCUUUCCUUGUAUUUUCUUUAUUUUCACGGUAUGGUAUAACCUGGUCUCUUCUGGACUGUUACCAACUCUGAAGUUUAUUUGUGUGAGCCUAAAGUCACUUAGAGAACAUUUCUCGUAUCACUCUGUUUGUGCAAACUGAUAUAUCCCAGGAAAUCGGGUAGCAGUGAAGGUUUUUCCUAGAUGGAAACUUAAAUGGGCGAACCAAGUUUAAAACAGGACUUGCUGGAAAACUUAUGUAUGAUCACACUAGACAUGUAUAUUUUUGUGGACAUUUUACUUAAAAUGUUGUUACUAUACAGAUAUUUUCUUGAAACUUAUCCCUUUAUUAAAUUAUUUUUCUACUGGAA